AUGUCGAAACAAGCUACUCCCGAGAUGCGAAACGAAUACCUCACUUCUCAGGAAAUGAACACUGUAAUGUUUCAACUAAUUAGAUAUGCUCAAAUAACGCAUUACACUGCUGAAUACCAGGCUCUCAAGAACAACCGACCUAUAAGCUCAAAUAGCAGACUCUUGCCGCUGAACUCAUUUCUUGACGAACAUGAACUGCUACGAGUCAACGGACGUCUGGCGAAUUCUGAUUUAAGAUACAAUGAAAGACAUCCUAUUAUUCUGCCGGAGAACUCACGAUAUUGCAAACUCUUCAUCGAAUUCACUCACAAUAUAUUGCUGCAUUCUGAGCACCAAGUUAUGUUACGGGCAAUUCGUCAAGAAUUUCAUAUUAUACGUUUGAAAAGUGCCAUACGACAAUGUAUUCGAAAGUGCAGAACCUGUACUAUCUACAAGCAUCGUGUUCGCAGCCAAAUCAUGGCUGCUCUUCCAAAAGAAAGAUGUACAUUUUCAUUGCCUUUCACACACACUAGGAUUGAUUUUGCCGGACCCUUCAAAAUAAAGUUAUCAAAACAUAGAAAUGCCAAAUUACUGAAGGGAUACGCUGCUAUAUUUGUUUGCCUAUCUACCCAAGCAAUCCAUUUAGAGGCCUGCUCAGAUCUUACAACCGAAGCAUUCUUGUCUACAUUCAAUCGAUUUGUAGGUAGAAGGGGAUUUCCAAGCAAAGUAUUUUCAGAUAAUGGAACAAACUUUGUUGGGGCGAGUAGAUCCCUGGCACAAGAUUACAAAACAUUUCUAAAAACUGUUCACAAAUUCAUAUCCGACAAAUACAGUUUGCAUGAUUUUUCGUGGCACUUCAUUCCGCCUCACGCUCCACACAUGGGUGGAUUGUGGGAGGCAGCUGUCAAAAGCAUGAAGUCACAUUUGCGAAAAGUGGCUUCUAAUUCUAAAUUUACCUUUGAAGAGUUCUCCACUCUUCUUGUUCGUAUCGAAAGUGUACUUAAUUCAAGACCCCUUUCUCCUAUGAGCGAAAACCCUACUGACUUAAUCCCGCUCACUCCUGGUCAUUUCUUAAGGGGAACCUCUUUAAUGGCGAUUCCCGAGGAUUGCUCCGUCAACUUGUCUUUGCUGAAUCGCUGGCAGAGUCUCAAGGCACUGCAAAUUCAAUUUUCGAAGCGUUGGAAGACAGAAUACAUCUGCGAACUGCAGCGUAGAUAUAAAUGGAAAUCUGCACAGCAAAACUUAAAGGAAAAUGAUUUUGUUGUUGUCAAAGAGGACAACCUUCCACCAAACGAAUGGUGUCUGGGAAGGGUCCUGAAAGUUUUUAAGGGAAAGGAUUCUAAUGUUCGCGUUGCUGAGAUACGUACCCAGAAUGGGACACUGGUCCGUCCAGUAGUAAAACUUUGUAUUUUGCCAAAUGCCUAA